GAGUGGCUGGUAGAGGAGCUAUAAGGUCAAGGUACUGACUGACUGUAACUAGCUAUCACUGCACACCGUACCGGUAGCUACUGGGUUCUGGGUUGCAUGUUGUGCUAGCUAGCUAGCUUUUGGAUAUCUGCAGAUAUGAGCUCCCCAAGGCUUCAGAUAGAGCUGCCUCACAAUGCAAGUGAGAUUGACUGGAAGACUCUUGGAAACAUGCUUUCAGCUCACAUUUUAGGAGAGGUGUUGCAAGCUUCGUAUGUAGACUACAAAUAUGGUCGCAAGACCAGUGAAUUCGAGGCAGCCACGGACUGGGAAUUUUUCUAUGAGGAACACGAUGUGAUGGUGUUUAGGAAACGGUUUUCAGACUCACCUAUCUAUGCGUGGAUGGGUCGAUGUGUGAUUGAUCUCCCAAUGGAGGAUGUAGCCAAGUUUGUAUCAAAUCUCGAAACCAGAAAGUACUGGGACAAGUAUCUGUCGGAAAUUCGUGUUGAUCGUCAAAUAUCUGACACCGACUUCAUCUUCUACCUACACCUUGUGGCCACUCAGUGUCUAGUCAAACAGCAUAGAGACUUCACUUACUAUGAGAGAAUUGGCUAUGUGGAAGGCAAGUAUGUGAUGUCGGCAUUGUCUAUUGACCUUCCAGAAUUUCCCAGAGUUUCAAGAAUCACAAGAGCCCAGAUACUCCCAGGCACUGGUUGGGUGCUGGAGCCGUAUGAGAGUAACAAGACUUUGAUCAAUUUCCUUGCACAUACUGACUUGAAGAACCUCCCUCCUCUCAUCAUCAACCGUGCCGCCCGUCGCUCUCCAAUGACUGUCUAUCACAUCAGAGAGUUUCUCACCAACCCUGUCUACCGCGCAAAGUACGAGAAAGCACCUCCUGUUGAGAGAACCACCACAGACACCUUCACUGAAAGUGACCUGGCCUAUUUGAAUGAGCAAAAUUCACGUCAGGAAACCCUGCAGGCCAACAGCGCACAAUUGUAUCAGCGACAAUUUCUUGCAGACCAGCAGCUCUCCGUUCGAGAUUUCUUACGAAACAGACCCAGUUUAAGAAGAAACAAUUCCGAGCCAUUCAAUCUGGCAUCUUCGUAUGACGAUGAUGAUGAGUCUAUCAAGCGGAGAUCGCAUUCCCAUGAUGGUGAAUCUAUGGAUAGGGAUAUUGAUGAAUAUGUGGAGCAUGUAGGAAGUAGUUUCGAUGAUUCUCAGUCAACUCCCAAAGCAGUGCAUCAUUCGGCACUUGACCCUCCAACCAGUGGUUUGCAUAUUGACAGCUCACUGUGGAAAUCAAAUGAGAGGAAGCCAGACUUACUUAAGAAACCAAACAGUGACCAAACUAGCAAUGAAUCUAACGUGGAGACCAAACAAGAUGAUGACGAAGUUUUGAGUCAGUAUACUGCCCCAAAAACGAACACUAGUGAGCUGCCAUUUCUAACACCCCAGGCCAGUGAAGACGAGGCCUCCCUCCCAGCUUCCCUGUACGAGUCUCCACUCAACUCUCCCGACAAUUUGAGUAUUGAUAUGGAUCCCACACCUAACCUCGAUGUGAGUGACGACACUGAGCAUGCACUACUACCCGAACCAUCCCCUGAGGUAUCUAAUGGACCAUCCCCUGAGGUAUCUAAUGGACCAUCCCCUGAGGUAUCUAAUGGACCAUCCCCUGAAGUAUCUAAUGGACUUGAAUCUCAUGAGAAUCCCAACAACUCGUUAGAUCACCAGGGCACAAAAUAGCAAUACUUUAAUAUAGGUUUAGUUUGAUCUACUGUGUCAGUUUGUGGAAUUUUCUUUCUAUGUACAUGUGCAAACCCCAACCCUUACACCUCUUUUUUAAACCCUCUUCAAAAAAAGUUUGUAUGAGUGAG